ACCACCUUCCGAGGGCCUUGGUCAUAGGCAGCAAAGAAAGAGAUGUAUGAGAAUAUGAGACUCAUAUACAUGACAAUGAUAGUUAUUUUACCCGCUGGGGUGCUGUAUACUUCAAUGAUGUUCCGUACGAUGGCAGCAAAAGGCUAGCUCUGAGGUUGCAAAACGAUGUCUGGUGCUAUGUAUCGCAGUCUCAAUGGCUCAUCUUAAAGCUAAAUACAAGUGUAUGCGUAUGCUUAAUGAUUCAUGAAAGGUGAAAUGGUAAAUAUCGAAAGCUGUUCAGUGUAUCUGGUACGGAAGUGAAAACUGAAGUACGAAACACAUCGCAUACCUAAAAUCACACGCACUGCAAAUUGGGUAUCCAAAUGUGGAGGGAUCAUUGUGUAAUUGGUCCCAAAAGGAGCAUUGAGAGUUUUGUGAACUGUCUAGGUAUAGUAUACAUUCGAGUUAGCGAUGUGAUCUAUUCGUAUGUGGCUGGAGGGUUAUAGAUAUGGCAGAGCCCUCAGCAACUUUCUACGGCAUGCAUUCUGCUGGCUGUACUGCAGUUGACCUUCAACAAUACAGAUAUUUAAGUGCCUUCGGACUACAUGAAACCCAAGAAAAACACACAAGUUCCAACAACAGAUCGUGCCAAAAUGGAUGAAUUUUUCGAGAUCGUAGACCUUCCAGAUGGAUAUCACAUCUCCGAUCUGAGCGGAGAUGAACGUGCAAUCCAACCUCUAGUUGCCGCCAUGCAGCUGACCGCCUCGCAGAACGAAAGAAACAGAAAAGGACCCAUUUUCCACGCGGAUAUUAAACAAUCGGAUCCAGCAGGUAAGGACUUUGGGAUGAAUAUCAUCUACGAGAUGUUUUCCCGCGGCCUACCCAACAAACGUCGCAUGAUAUCCUGCGCAAUCUGCGAGAACUUCAUCAGAGAUUUCGGCAAUCUUUGCUAUCUUUCCGACGAUGCGACUCUGGUACCAUUGGUAUGGCCAGCGGAAGAUAUCGUCCCAGAUUAUUACAGACAAGCCGUGGCAAAUGUGAGGGAAUUAUUUGAAGGGCGUCCACUCGGAGAAGCGUUUCGAAGUCACCUCGAGACUGUCGGCCAAUGGUCAGCAUAUUACUCUGCACGAAAAUAUGGCAAACAUGAUCCUUACGGCCAUAUGGACGUCAAUAUUCUCGGUAAAAGUCGACGGUACUAUGGGCCCACGCGAUCAGACGAUCUCGCCAAAAUUCUAGAGAGAAUCAUUGCAGAUAAUGAUGAGAGGACCAUCGCUCGGACACACAUGUAUCUUACCAAAGAUGUGUUACCUCAUUCCAAGUUAUACAGACCGUGGAUUGUGUGGCUAAAGAAUGCUGCAGCCGCUAUCAAAGUGCGAGGCGACCUCGGACAACACGGUCGAAGAACGUUGAUUGCUAGAUACGCGUUUCAAGCGGCGAAGGAAUGUCUACCUUCGUUGUACAAUGGUGCGCUGGCUCAAUUGAUGUUCUACGUUAAGAUUGGCGAAGAUAUCAAGUCAAUUCAGACAAAAUGGAUGCAACUCGUAAAUUCCCAAGAUGGGCUUUCACAGGAAGACUUGGCUCGUACAACGUCAAGGUUGAUUUCGGACUUGGGCUAUAACACCACGUGUUUUUAUCGGUCGUUUCUCAAACUUGGCCAGAUUCCAUCAUCCGUAAGUCUCAUGCAUUUCAUUAGAUCCCAUGAAUUUAUUUACAUAUCCAUACUGACCAUCCACUAGGCGUAUCUUUGGAUUGACUCUUCCAGGCCUUCUGCCAUCCCCAAACCUCUAUUCCGACAUCUCGAUGCAAGAAAACACAGUAUCCCAGCUACCUAUAGAGAUGCUCUGAGCAAGGCACCAAUCGAGAAGAUAUGUUUCCGCAAAUUCUGUCUAGACAUCCUUCCACAAAUCUCCUCGCUAUCGAUACAUAUCACCCCAGAAUCAAAACAUGCCGAGAAUUUGCACUUCCUAACCACAGGACUAGAUGAUCCCACCGGUCGAUCCAAACCAAUUUUCUCAUUCCAAGAACCGGGGAAACAUACCGCGUCAUGGUUUAAAGCUACACAUAUUACUUCACCCGAAGAAGUUGACGUGUGCCCUGGCUGGGUAAAAGUUAAGUGCAUCGUCUCUUUUCCACACAUGUGGCAUCAUUUCUCAAGUCGGCAGAAGGGCGAGGAUUAUUUCAACCCUAUGAUCGAAAGGGGAUUUGCGCAUAAGGAAUUAGGAAUGCGAUUCUUGGUAGUUCUGGAUGGUAUUAAUGAUAUUCAUGGAAAAGGCUCGGAUCUGUCGACAGAGUUGUUGAAUGAAGAGCUGAGAUGCUUUAGUAGAGAUCAAUUAGAGGUUUACAGGGAUUGGAAAUCUAUGCGCGGUUCUUAUAUUGGUGGUCAUGUGGGUGGUGUUGUGGUUGAGCAGGAGAAAUUUAGGAGGCUGUUGUUGGGUGUUAGGAUGAAGAGUGGUGGGUUUUUGAGGUAUGAUGUUGUUUUGUACAAGUAUUUUGUGGGAUGAUCGAGGAGUUUUUAUAUGAUACAUGGGAUGUAGAAAGUAGAAAGUUCAGAAGUAAUAGUUGGGAUCAUCAGAUCGCAAAUUAAAGUCUAUAAAGUCUACGCACAAGGACUAGGACAGAUAGGUAAAGGCAACAUAAAAUGGUAUCUGCAAAUACUUUUCUAUAAAAAAUUCAAUAUGCCCUUCACCUCAUGAUCCCGAAACGAAAAUCCUUUCCUUCCACAUCUCAAGUGCAGAUAAAGUGUUAACUAGACUACUUCUUCGCACUUUCUAUCUAUUAAAAGCACUCAAUACCAACAAACCCAAACCUCUGAAAAAUCAAACACCCAAAAUGCCACAAAAACUUAUCAUCCAAACAUAAACCCUAAAUUCAUCUUAAAUUUCACAAUCCAUCAACUAUGUCUACCUCAAGUAAGUAUUUCAAGCUUCCUAUUCAUUUUCAUCCCCAUCCCCAUUCCCCCUC